AUGCCCUGGAACUCGGAUAGUAUUAUCAGCAACGAGACAGGGUUUCUUCAUUGGAAAUCUUCCUUCCAGCCGACAGAGGCUCACCGAAUUCUCGCAGAAGUCUGCAUGUGGCGCCUCCUCUGGAAAGAGGUUGCAGUCUACACUGCCGACGUGGCCGCGGACUCAAAGGAAUGUGUCAACAAUCAUAUUUUGCUCGAUUAUUCUGCCCAAAAUUGGGUAACUCAUUUCCGCAAUGCCCAAAUGGAUGAUAACCGUGCGAUGGUUUUCAUGGCAUCCAGACUUUGUCAUCAAGAUCCAACCACUCUGCUAUCUUGGGUCAAGGGCUAUUGGAUGAGUAAACGUUUGAAUGAGCGUAUGGUUUAUCCCAAAGGACUCAAUGGACUCAUAAUUGCUUCUUUCUGUGGGCUUGAAUGUGUGGUCGAGUUACUUCUGGAAAUGGACGGUCUUGACUUGAACUCGAGGGAUGAUAGGUACAAGGCGACUGCAUUGGCGUGGGCCGCCGAGUACGGCCACGAAGGCGUGGUUAAACUUCUGAUUGCCGGAGAUGAAGUUUGA